AUGUCUAAGACCCCUCCAUACUUCGACUUUCUCAAUUUACCUCGCGAAAUCCGAGACGAAAUCUACGAGUACACGCUUUGCUCCUUCAGUCAUGACCAAAGACUUUAUGACAUCGAAGGUUGCGCUCACGUUUACUCCUGGCCAAGGUUUAUUGAGCGCAAAUUCCUUGGGAAUCUGAACCUCCUCCUUGCCAACAAGCAGAUUCACGGGGAAGGCUACAAGUGCAUGUUGAAAAAGAACAUAUUUGUACGCGUCGAAUGCAGGGCACUCGAGCUCCGCAAUUUGAUCCACGGCCAAACGCCACCUGUAUUCUUCUUAAGUUACUGCUCGUCAAAACGCCGUGUGGAUGUUAUGGCGGACGGCCCUUUACGUGUGGAUCAUUUUCCAUGGUAUAAUAUGCUCGUGCAAAUACAAGAGCGUGGGGACAGCUCACGUGGAGAUCGGUGUGCAAUCAGGCCGGUGUUUGACGCGAUCAUGCUAUUGGAGGACUGUGCUGAUCUGUUCAGCAGAUUAGAGGUUGAAAUGGCAACGACUCGUUUACCUAGCCCAGAUUCUUAUCCACUAGAGAUCUUGAUGUAUACCGAUACCCAGGAGAUGUCGCACCGGAGACAAAAGAGAUACAGGGGCCUAGGACAAAUUUCUUACCCUCCCAGAGAGCAGAAAAAGCUUUUGAGACCCAUCAAGGAGGAGCUCCGGAGCUUUCCCAACCUCAAGAUCUAUGAGUGCGAUGACGAGGCCUUUGCCCUCGAAGUCGCCCGAGAUGUGUCGAAACCCCUUCAGACAAGCUGGCAGUCUGUCAACACGCAGCUCGAACAUCACACACGUAGCGCCGAGAAGUGCUGGGAAAUGGAUAAUCUCACAGCCUGUGCACAAUCAUGCGCUAGAGGCCUCAGUCUCAUUCGACGGGUUUCCAGCAGCAUAGCUGCGAUUGACCUACCAAAACUUGAAGACACGGAGAACACUCUCGAGAUAGGUCGUUUAGUCCAUACACUGUACUUUUUCUUGGCAAGAUGCACGCAUACCCAUCUUUCUGCUCCUGCUCACAGACGCAUUCGAGCCGAUGAGCAGACUCACCUCGUUGUUACAUCGGAGGCUAUGUGUGAGCUAUUCCUCGAUCAUCGGUAUUUAGAUCGUCUCUGGCCAGUAUAUGACCCUCCUCAGCAUGAGAGAGCUGAAAUAUGCUACAUCAAAUCUCGGACCUUCCGUUUGCAUAAAGAACAUGCCCACUGGGUGCCCUAUUGGGUCUCUCAGGAAGACCCAAUGGCCUAUAUUACAGAGGCGUUGGAGUUGUCGCCAGACAGCGAGAUUUUCAAGAAAGAAAAGAGCAUAAUAGAGAUCUGGGUCAAAGAUCAUGACAGUUUUGUCGCUAGGAAACGCUCAUUCUUGGACAAUCUAGACCGCGAAUCCAUGCCGCGGACGCACAGCAAGGAUCUACCAAACAGCAUAUCGCCCCUGCAACGCUUCAGACGCCGAAAAGAUCUAAAAAAGGGCAGCAACACUCAACCACAAGUCUCUACCGCCUACCAAACAAACUCAUCGACUAAAUCACAGCCUACCUCGAGCUGGCAGACAUACUCAGUCUCGCGCGCUCAUGCCAAAGGACGAUAUGCGUACUUCAGGGACGCAGCUUCUACGCCGCCGAACUACGACAGUUCGCUGGCCGCAACGGACGUGGUCGGAUAA